AUGCAUCUUGCAUCUCAAUCAGUAUUGAUCGCCUUGUCCCUCGCUUUGGCCGAUGCAGCAACUUUCGACUGGGAUACCAAGCCGAGUCGUAAUUUGGAAUAUCACGACUGUUAUGAUGGAUAUCAAUGCGCACGCCUAGAAGUGCCUCUUGACUGGACCAAUAACACCGACACUCGCACUGCCGUCAUUGCCAUUGCCAAACUGCCUGCUGUAGUCUCUGACGAUGACCCCAGUUUUGGAGGAAGCAUCUUUGUGAAUCCGGGCGGUCCAGGGGCAUCAGGUGUUUCUUUCGUUCUCUCGGAUGGGCAUGAUUUGCAGCAAUACGUCGAUAAGCCUGGUCGCCGCCACUAUGAGAUUUUCUCAUGGGAUCCCCGUGGUAUCGGCCGCACGACGCCAAGCUCCAACUGCUUCCGCUCCGACAUCGUGUCUCGAAGUGCGUGGCAGCUGGAGGCUCGUGGAAAUGGCGGGCUCGAUAAGGGCAUCGACUCAAUCAAAUAUGGCCUCGCAAUGUCAAAAGCUUUGUCUCAGCGAUGCAAGGAUUCAGAGAAACAGUGGGGAGAUGCAAUGGCGUUUGUGAAUACCCCUAGCGUGGCUCGAGAUAUGGUCGAGAUGGUGGAUAAAGUCGAUGAGUUGAGAAAACGCGAGGGCUACAUUGGAUUUUCCUACGGCACGGCCCUCGGUAACUACUUUGCAAGUUUAUAUCCCGGCCGUGUUGGCAGGAUGGUGCUCGAUGGAGUGGUUCAUGCAGAUGAUUAUGCAAAUGGUCCUGGCUGGCUUACGAAUCUUCACGACACGGAUGAAAUCUUGGAGGAAUUCUGGCGAGGCUGCCACCAAGCAGGUCCAUCUAUUUGCACCCUCGCCUCUGACUCAGACGCCUCGCCUUCUGAGAUUAAAACCAGAUUCUGGUCUUGGGUGGCUGACCUGGACGACAUCCCAAUACCCGCACUGUCUUCUUCAGGCACUAUAGUUGUCAUUACCGGCGACGAUAUCCGUAAACUUGUUGGCUCUUCCCUCUACAAUCCCAUUCGGACCUUUAAGCUCCUGGCAACAACGCUUCGCGAGGCCAUGAAGGGCAAUACGACCGAACUCGUCAGUAACUUGAUGAAGUUUGGCCAUGUGCCGAAUCUGGACACCGUCUGCUCCGAUAAUAACAGCACCAAGCCCGCUGCUAUUCUCCCCGAGUCUCAAUCUGCUGUUAUUUGCGGUGACGGUGACGAUAUUACUGACAAAGAUGCUGGCUGGUGGUCCAACUGCUCCAGUUGGCCGUUUCGCCCCAACCUAUCCUUCAAGGGCCCCUUCACAACCCCCAAAGCGCACCCCAAUUUAGUUGCAGGGCAUCCGGCUGCUCCUCUACUGUUUCUGAGUCCUCGUCUUGAUCCAGUCACACCGCUGAACUCGGCCCGCGCAAUGGCUGCUAACCACCCUGGCGCGGCAGUUGUUGUUCAAGGAUCCAUGGGUCAUUGUGUCAUUGGCACCGCUCCAAGUGAUUGCACUAAAAGUAUUGUGGCCGACUAUUUUGAGUCUGGAACUGUUCCAUCGGAGGAAGUGACAUGCAAGACACAAUGUGGGCCAUGGGACGACAACUGCAGUGGCUAUUCUCCCGCAGCCGCAAGCACCGGCGAGUCUGCAAGUUGGCAACUCCAGGGCAAUCCGCUCCUCUUUAGACAGUGA